CGAGCGGCCGGGGGAGGCGCCUCGUCCAGCUCUCCGCUCUCCGGAGAGUUCGCCGGGUCCCCCCUCAGGCCGCCGGGCGCGGUGAAACAAAAGUUCCCAAAGCUGGAGGGACGAAAGGAUGGUGGGCUGACUGCAGUCAGGCCUGGCUGCUGUUACCAUGCCCAGCUCGGUGCUGUGGGCCGUGGACCUCUUUGGCCACGUGCACACGCUGUCCACGACUGGCCAGCACUGGGAGUCUUGCCGGGAUGCACAGCUGGAGUUCAAACGGGUCAGCGCCACAGCACAGGGCUGUUGGGGUAUCGCCUGUGACAACCAGGUCUACGUGUACGUGUGCGCCAGCGACGUCCUCAUCCGCCAUCGCGAGGAGGCCUAUGAGAACCAGCGCUGGAACCCGGUGGGUGGCUUCUGCGAGAAGCUGCUACCCAGCGACCGCUGGGGGUGGAGUGACGUGAGUGGCCUCCAGCCCCGGCAGCUGGACCAGGUGGCGCUGCCCUCGCCGUACUGGGAGUGGGAGUCGGACUGGUACGUGGAUGAGAAUUUUGGCGGGGAACCCACCGAGAAAGGGGGGUGGACCUAUGCCAUCGACUUUCCUGCCACCUAUACCAGAGACCAGAAGUGGAAUUCCUGUGUGCGGCGACGGCGCUGGAUUCGCUACCGGAGAUACAAGGCUCGAGACACCUGGGCCAAGAUCCCUUCCAAGGAUGAUGACCCCCAGCAGCUGGCUGACCCCUUCAGCGACCUCUCGGUGGGGGGUUGGGAGGUCACCGAUGAGCCAGUAGGCCGCCUGUCUGUGUGGGCUGUAUCCCUGCAGGGAAAGGUGUGGUACAGAGAGGGUGUCAGCCACUGCAACCCUGAAGGCUCCUCGUGGACCCUGGUGGAUACCCCUGGGGAGGUGGCCCAGGUUAGCUGCGGGCCUCAUGACCUCCUCUGGGCCACACUUUGGGAGGGGCCGGCCCUGGUCCGUGAAGGCGUCAGCAGAAACAACCCCAAAGGGAGUUCCUGGGCCAUUGUGGAGCCUCCCACUGCUGAGAACGGGAUCAUGCAUGUCUCCGUGGGCAUCUGUGUGGUCUGGGCCGUCACCAAAGACCGAAAGGUGUGGUUCCGAAGAGGUGUCAACUCCCACAACCCCUGCGGCACCAGCUGGGUGGCGAUGGUGGGAGAGAUGGUGAUGGUCGGCGUGGGGCUUCAUGACCAGGUCUGGGGCAUCAGCGGGGAGGACCGUGCCAUCUAUUUCCGACAGGGCGUCACCCCAAGUGAGCUCAGCGGCAAGAUGUGGAAGGUCAUCGUGGCCGGUCGGGACUGUGACCACUCCCACUCAGGGAGCAACUCUAGUCUGCUCAGUGCUGGCUGCUUUUUUGGUGACGAGGUGAGGUGCAGUGGCGAGUCCUAUAUGCCCAGCGACACAGAGGCUGAGCAAGUUGGGCCUGUGUUGUCCAUCCCAGUGGAGACUGUGGACAACUCUGAUAACCCUGAGUGCCCUGGGGUCCUGGAACUGGCCGCCCAGACCUCAGGAUCUGAGAGCCACUCUGACCCGGCUGAGCUGCCCUGGAGCAACAUCGACCUGAAAGAGCCCCAGAGAGUAGCCAACUCCUCACUGGUUCCAGAGGAUCCAUAUGCUGCUGCUGACCACCUGCUGUGGGCCUGGGUGUCAGGAGGGGCCUGUGCUGUGGAGGCCCACACCACACUCAAGUGGUUCACAGUUCACUCAGGCCUGUCCCCAUCUGUGCAGUCGCUGUCCCUGUCCCUCCUACCCACCCAGACAGCCGCCUGGCGGAAACAGAUCUUCCAGCAGCUCACAGAGAGGACCAAGCGGGAGUUGGAGAAUUUCCGCCACUACGAGCAGGCCGUGGAGCAGUCUGUGUGGGUGAAGACCGGGACCCUGCAGUGGUGGUGCGACUGGAAACCUCACAAGUGGGUGGAUGUGAGCGUGGCGCUGGAACAAUUCACGGGACUGGAUGGUGCCCGAGACAGCAUCCUCUUCAUCUACUACGUGUUGCAUGAAGAGAAGAAGUACAUCCACCUGUUCCUUAAUGAGGUUACAGCACUGGUGCCUGUGCUCAAUGAGGCCAAACAUUCCUUCGCGCUCUACACCCCUGAGAAGACGCGCCAGAGGUGGCCCGUGCGCCUGGCGGCUGCCACUGAACAAGAUAUGAACGACUGGCUUGCCCUGCUCAGCCAAUCUUGCUGCGAGAGCCGAAGGGUAUUUGGACGCCCAUCCCCACAGGCCAUCUGGUCUGUCACCUGCAAGGGGGACAUUUUUGUGAGCGAGCCAGGCCCUCAGCUGGAGGCUGCAGAGCACCCGCUGCCAUGUGACCAGAUGUUUUGGCGGCAGAUGGGGGGCCACCUGCGGGCUGUGGAAGCCAAUGGCCGGGGAGUGGUAUGGGGCAUCGGCUAUGACCACACGGCCUGGGUGUACACCGGGGGCUAUGGUGGGGGCUGCUUUUCAGCCUCCUCUCCUGCAGGCCUGGCCACAAGUAACAUCUACCCGCAGUGGGACGUGAAGUGUGUUCGCAUCUAUGAGAACCAGCGCUGGAACCCUGUCACGGGCUACACUGCCAGGGGUCUGCCCACUGACCGUUACAUGUGGAGCGAUGCCUCAGGCCUUCAGGAGCGCACCAAGGCAGGCACAAAGCCACCGUCCCUGCAGUGGACCUGGGUUUCCGACUGGUUCGUGGACUUCAAUGUUUCUGGGGGCACAGACCAGGAGGGGUGGCAGUAUGCCAGCGACUUUCCUGCCUCCUACCACGGCUAUAAGACCAUGAAAGACUUUGUCAGGAGAAGGUGCUGGGCCAGGAAGUGCAAGCUGCUGACUAGCGGGCCCUGGUUGGAGGUGGCCCCCGUGGGCCUGGCUGACGUCUCCAUCAUGCCUGAGAGCCCUGGCGCGCAGGGGAAUGGCCAGGCUUUGGCACUCUGGGCAGUCAGUGACAAGGGGGACGUGUUGUGCCGCUUGGGUGUGACCGAGCUCAAUCCUGCAGGUUCCUCCUGGCUGCAUGUGGGCACGGACCAGCCCUUCAUCUCCAUCUCCAUUGGCGCCUGCUGCCAGGUAUGGGCCGUAGCCAGGGAUGGCUCCGCCUUCUACCGGGGAGCUGUGUCCUCCUCCCAGCCUGCUGGCGACUGCUGGUACCACAUCCCGUCGCCCCCCAAGCAGAGGCUGAAGCAGGUAUCUGUGGGGCAGACAUCUGUGUUCGCCUUGGAUGAAAAUGGGAACCUGUGGCACCGCCAGGGAGUGACUCCCAGCUACCCCCAGGGCAGCAGCUGGAUUUACGUGUCCAACAACGUGUGCUCUGUGUCUGUGGGGCCCCUGGACCAGGUCUGGGUCAUUGCUGACAAGGUGCAGGGUAGCCACAGCCUCAGUCGGGGCACUGUGUGCCACCGUACUGGAGUGCGACCCACAAAUCCUACGGGCCAGCGCUGGGACUAUGGCAUCGGGGGGGGUUGGGACCACAUCUCCGUCCGGGCCAAUGCUACCAGGGCCCCCAGGAGCACGGGCCAGGACUCAGCCAGGGAGUCAGAUGGGGCACCCAGCGGGGACCCCGAGGAGUCUGCAAACCCCGUGUGCUGCUGAGCCGCUGUGGAAGGAACCCACUGAAGGAUCGAUGCAUGGUGAGCUCAGAGUGGAAAUGUCAUGAGACUUCCCAGGUGAAGUACUGUAGUGGCAUGAGCUGGAGAUGUGGCCUCGGAAUGCCCCGGCUGAAAGCACCCAGAAAUGUGAAGCUUUGUCCACACAUGUGAAGAGGCCUGGGCUAUGUGUAGGCCCUGCUACCUGCCUCCCUUGCCUCCCGCCUCCUGCUUUCAAGGACAGGAGCCCGUCCGUCCGUUCCCCC